AUGUUGAGUGACUGUGGCAUGUUAGAGUUCCCAUUCACCGGAAAUAUGCUAUCAUGGGUAGGGAAAAGAUCAGGAGGGACGACUGUUAGAUGUCGCCUGGAUAGAGCAGUGGGAAAUGAAGAUUGGUAUGAAAAAUUUCCCCACUCAGCCGUCAGAUAUCUCAGGCUUUGGGGAUCGGAUCAUCGUCUGGUCUUAGCUGAUAUUUUGAGAAAGCCAGUGAGGAGAAAAAAGAAGUUUAAAUUUGAUAAACGCUGGCUGGAUAAUGAGGAACUACGGCAAGUCAUUCUCGCGGGAUGGAAGUCGGAGGACUUGCCUCCGGAGGCGAAUAUUAUGGAGCAUAUUGCUAGUUGUAGAAAAGCUUUAAGCCAUUGGAGGACACAAAACAAUGUGAGUUCCGCAAAGUUAGUCGAGGAGCUCAAAGAAAAGGUAGAGGACCUAUACUCGAAUGACGACGCUACCUCGGAGGAAAUAGCAGCUGCCCUGAAGGAAUUAUCUACUGCUCUUAAGGCAGAGGAGAUGUUCUGGAGACAGAAAAGUAGGGUUCUCUGGUUAAGGGAAGGUGAUAGGAACUCAAAAUACUUCCAUGCGUUGGUAAAGCAGAGAAGAGCAAAGAAUAGGAUAACACAACUUCUGGAUGAAAAUGGGAAUGUCGUGGAAGAUGAGGAAGGAUUAGUAGCCAUUGCUACUAGUUAUUUCCGACAAAUAUUUGAAUCAUCCAACCCUGAGGAUAUAGCGGAAGCGUUAUCUGAGAUCUCACCUACGAUUACUGGAGCAAUAAACAAGGACUUGACUGCCCCAGUGACAGAGUGGGAGGUCAAAUUAGCAUUGUUUGCUAUGCACCCAGAGAAAGCUCCAGGACCGGAUGGAAUGACAGCUCUCUUCUAUCAGAAGUUUUGGGAUAUUGUAAAAGAUGAUUUAACUCGUAUGGUUAAUCAGUUUCUUUUUGAGGGGACUAUGGCUCAGGGUCUGAAUGACACGAACAUCUGUUUGAUUCCUAAAACAACAAAGCCGAAUGAGAUGACAAAGUUCAGACCUAUUAGUCUAUGUAAUGUCAGCUAUAAGAUAAUAUCUAAGGUCUUAUGCCAAAGAUUGCGGAAGGUUCUUCCACAGCGGAUAUCAGAGACCCAGUCAGCCUUCGUUGCUGGUAGACAGAUCACAGAUAACAUCAUGGUAGCUCAGGAGAUGUUUCACGCUCUGAGAAACAAACCGGGAGGACGGGUUAAACGAAUGGCUAUAAAAACUGAUAUGAGCAAAGCAUAUGAUAGGAUGGAGUGGUCUUUCAUUGAGGCAGUCAUGCGAAAGAUGGGUUUUUCAGAAUUGUGGAUCGAAUGGAUUAUGCGAUGUAUUACUUCGGUCACGUAUAAAGUCCUCAUGAAUGGAGAACCGAGGGGAAACAUUGUCCCUGGACGAGGAAUCCCAGAGGACAUCAGUGGAUCAAAGUGUAAAUUAUUUGCUUUCUUAAAGGACAAGCUCCUACACAGAGUGAAUGGCUGGACUGGUAGAUGCUUUCUUCUUCUUUUGGAGAUAUGUGAGAAUCUAGCAAGUGGCAUUGCACAGUUCUGGUGGAGUUCGAACCCUCCGAAAAGAGGAAUCCAUUGGGAAAAAUGGGGGAAGAUGUGUGCACCUAGAGAAGAGGGAGGAAUUGGGUUCCGUAUGAUCCAUGAAUUUAAUUUAGCUCUUCUAGCUAAACAGCUAUGGCGCCUUGUUCAAUUUCCGGAUUCACUUGUAGCAAGAGUUCUACGGGGAAGAUAUUACCGUUUGAGUUCGCGGUUGCGAACGGGCGCAGUGGAUAACCCAUCGUAUGUAUGGACAAGUAUAACUGCUGUGAGAAAGCUGUUACUUUUGGGCAUCAGAAGCAAAGUGCAUUCAGGGUACGAGGUUAAUGUGUGGGAGGAUCAUUGGAUUCCUUCGACGCCAGCUAGGCCGGCACGGGCCCGGGCUCCAGCAGUAAACCCAAAGAUGAUCGUAAGUAGCCUUAUCAAUCCUGCUACAAAGGAAUGGGAUGUUCGAAUACUGGAACAAUAUGUUGAUGAAGAGGAUAUCCCGAUGAUUCUGAGUUUGGCCAUAAGCCCUACUCAUCGACGGGACACAUUUUGCUGGAGUUACACGAAGAACGGACAAUAUACUGUUAAGUCGGGAUACUGGAUUGCUACAAACUUGAUGAGAGAUGAGGAGGACUUAGAAAUUCUACAACCCAGCAUUACAAAACUUCAAGCCUUUGCUUGGAAGGUGAAUGCGCCACAAAAGAUAUGCCAUCUUAUAUGGCAAUUAAUAUCCGGACAGGUGGCUGUAACAAGGAAUCUGGUACGCCGUAAUAUGCGUUGUGAUAAUUACUGCCCAAGAUGUGGGGCACCAGAAGAGACCGUUACUCAUGCUAUCUUUGAGUGCCCUCCGGCCUUACAAGCAUGGGAAUUAUCAUCAACCCCGACGAGUUCUGAAAUCUUUCUGGUACCAAGUAUUUAUGCUAAUAUGGACUAUCUUUUUUGGAGAAAGAAUAGUAUUUUGGAGCCUGAGGAUGAUAGAGAUCCUUAUCCUUGGAUAAUUUGGUAUAUCUGGAAAGCUAGGAAUGAUACACUGUUUAGAGGUAUAGACAGAGAUCCAUUGGAGCUAGUUAGGUAUGCAGAGGGAGAGUGUCAAGCUUGGAAUAAUGCAAGAGAAACUGUACCGAAUCUGCCAAAUGCACAGAAUAAUGUAGAAACACAAGUCUUAAGCUUGAGAUACUUUGGGGAAGAUACAGCUCAUGGGAUCAAGGAAUCUGCGGAGGAGGGAGACAUCACUACACUCGGAGCUGGAAGCGUUAAAGUGGGCAAUGGAGAGUAUGCUACAACACUCGACCUGUCAGAGGUUUGGGACGGACUGUAA